UACUGCUCACACAAGAUUUCAGUCAGCAGCUGAGCUCCAUGACUUGUCUAUAAGGCCUGAGCUCAGUCUCUGAGACCUCAGGUCGUCUUCUUCCUCCAAUCUCUCGUACGAAAGAAGAAAGUUUUUAGGAAGCUAGGAGCAGCACACAGUCCUUCUCCCUCUCUUCUUGCUAUUUAGUGCAGACCUCAAAUCCAAAGUGCUUCUAUUUUCCAUCAAGAAAGCAAACACAGUGUAUUCAAGAGUGCUUCUGUUCCUGAAAAUUAAACAAAUUGAUAAUAAUUUUCAAGGAAGUAUGAAACUAAUAGCUUUUGGGCUGUUAUUACUGGGGUAUAUACAAUAUUUUGCUACACCUGAUUCCGAAGUCAUAGCAUUGUAUGAAAUAAGGACAAUGCUCAAUGACAGUCGCGGCGUACUGAAUGGCUGGAAUAAUAAUCAAGUUAGUCCCUGCUAUUUUCCUUCCAUCAGUUGUAAUCAAGAUCAAAAGGUCAUUUCAAUAACUUUGAGCUCAUCAGGAUUAUCUGGAUUCUUGUCACCCAGCAUUGGAAAGCUACUAUAUUUACAACAGCUAUUAUUGAAUGAUAACAACAUAACCGGAGGAAUUCCACAAGAGUUAGGGAACCUAUCAAGCUUAACAACACUAAAACUUGGAGGAAAUAGCUUAAAUGGUUCAAUACCUGACUCUCUUGGCCGUCUUUCAAAACUCCAAAAUCUGGACAUGAGCAAAAAUCUCUUAAUCGGGAAUAUUCCAACUUCUUUGUCUAAUCUCUCAUCAUUGAAUGAUAUCAAUCUAGCAGACAACAAUCUGAGCGGUGAAAUACCCAAACGGUUGCUUCAGGUGUCUCACUACAGUUAUAUAGGUAACCAUUUGAAUUGUGGCCAACACUUGAUUUCUUGUGAAGGAAACAAUAUAAAUACAGGUGGAUCAAAUAACUCCAAACUCAAGGUGGUUGCAAGCAUUGGUGGAGCAGUAACUCUCCUUGUUAUCAUAGUACUAUUUCUGUUAUGGUGGCAAAGAAUGCGCCACCGACCUGAAAUAUACGUUGAUGUUCCAGGUCAACAUGAUCACAAUCUAGAGUUUGGACAGAUAAAGCGGUUCUCAUUGCGAGAACUCCAAAUUGCAACCAACAAUUUCAGCGAGCAAAAUGUUCUUGGCAAGGGUGGUUUUGGUAAGGUGUACAAAGGAGUGCUUUCAGGUCCACAUGGCAGAAAGGUUGCAGUUAAAAGACUGUUUGAAGUGGAAAAACCUGAAGGGGAAAUAGCUUUCCUGAGAGAAGUUGAAUUGAUAAGCAUUGCUGUGCACAAGAACAUAUUAAGAUUGAUAGGAUUCUGCACGACUACAAAAGAGCGACUCUUGGUCUACCCUUACAUGGAGAAUCUUAGUGUUGCUUCCCGUUUGAGAGAUAUCAAACUAAAUGAACCAGCAUUAGAUUGGCCAACAAGAGUGCGAAUUGCCCUUGGCGCUGCCCGUGGCUUGGAAUACCUUCAUGAGCACUGCAACCCCAAGAUUAUCCACCGCGAUGUCAAGGCAGCCAAUGUCCUGCUUGAUGGAAACUUUGAAGCAGUGGUAGGAGACUUUGGGUUGGCGAAGAUGAUAGACAGAGAGAGGAAUACAGUUACGACCGGGGUUCGCGGGACAAUGGGCCAUAUAGCUCCUGAGUACCUGAAGACAGGAAGGCCAUCAGUGAAGACAGACAUAUUUGGAUAUGGUGUAAUGUUGUUAGAAAUAGUGACAGGAGAGCGUGCAGUGUUCCCUGAAUUCUCGGAAGGAGACAGUGAGAUCAUGCUCAAUGAUCAAGUGAAAAGGUUGGUGCAAGGAGGACGAUUGACAGACAUUGUGGACCACAACCUGGACACUGCAUACGAUUUGCAACAGCUGGAGAAGAUGAUCCAAAUAGCACUCCUCUGCACUCAUGUGGAGCCUCAUCUUCGCCCUGCUAUGUCAGAGGUUGUGCAGAUGCUGGAAGGCAAUGUUGUCCCAGCGGAGCAAUGGGAGGAGUGGCAGGUGGCUGAACUUGCCCGGCGGCAUCAGCAUGAGAUGAACCAACAGCGCAGGCUGUUCAGCUUCAGUGAGGAGUCUCUCAAUAUCCAGGAAGCCAUUCAGCUAUCCAGUGGCAGAUAACUGGAAGAUCAUACAAUUGUAUCACAUGAGCUUCACUUGUUUCCCAAGAAAGGGUGAAGGAGCGAGGAGUCUCUCAAUAUCCAGGAAGACAUUCAGCUAUCCGGUGGCAGAUAACUGGAAGAUCAUACAAUUGUAUCACAUGAGCUUCACUUGUUUCCCAAGAAAGGGUGAAAGGAGACAACAGUACUCACUAUAGUUGUGGAUUGUUAGGAAUAGCCUAGAGUCCUCACGGUUUGCAUAAGUAACUGUAUCUAACCUUUAUGCUGUGAACACAAUGUCGUGCAGCUACAUCUCGUUCAGACAUUCAUGUGUAUACAUAGACAUAGACUACAGACUACUAUAGAUUAUAUUCUAUAGUGUUUUUGUGUUAAUGUAUACUUGGUAAAAUGGUAACCCUGUGAAUA